AUGAAAGAACCUUCCAGCAUCAAAAGCGCUAGCAUCGCUGCUCGUCCAUCACCCCUAGGUUCACACCAUCCCUCUACUAGAGUGUCCCGCUCAGGACCACAAUUCUUCCCUGAAAAUACCCUGGAAAAUGAAGGAGACUCAGACAUGAAUGCAAAGACCACCCAACCACCUGCCAUGCCCCCAAUCUCCCCCCCACAACCUCCAUCUACCCCACCAACCCCCCCCAACCUGAGCACCACCCAUGAACCCUCUACCCACAACUCUGUAACUACCCCAGAGACAUCUCCCAUCCUAGAUGCAUCAAAGUCAAUCCAUGCACCAGAGACCAACAAGGACUCGCAAAUGGAAAUCUCCCCACCCCUAUCCCCACACUCCCCCCCUACUGAGCCUCCUGCUAGACUUACAUCCCUUGGCACCCUUGUGAUCGAGGAGAUAAACUUGCAUGCCCACAUCGCAAUGGCAGAACAAAACUGCUCUAUAAUUAAGAGCAGUGCCCUGAACGCAACCAUCCUCCUACCCCAAUUCACCCCAAUCCCCAACAGAAACUUCCCUAGCAUCCACCUUGCACAUGCUGCUCAACUCUUCGACUACCAAGCCCCCAAAGUCAUCACUGCUUGGCUCAAAAUUGGAGAAUCCCUUAACCAGGAUCUCCAAGAUGUGAAAAUCUCUCCACCCUGCCCAGAAGCAGGGAAGGAAGGAAAGGGCUACCCCCUGAGCUUUCUAGCAUAUAACAUCACCGAUGAAGCAAAAUCCCUCCUCCUCUCCCAGUGUAUAUGGUCAUCCCCUGACAUCUCCUUUGCUGCUAGUGCCUUUACCAUAGACCGUGUCCCCACCCUCCUCAUCUACCUGCAAGGCUUCUCAACCAUGGACCCCGACACUGUCAAACAAGCAGUAUAUGACACCUGGUCUGAAGAUAUCGUGAGAUUUGAUCUAGGAGAAAUCCUCUCCAAAUCUGAAAUCCCAGAAAAUGCCAUUCAAUACCACAUCUGGCAAUUCAUCAACUCAAUCACCAUUAAACACCUGGAUUUCAAGAUAAGUGGUGGACUACCCCUACCCCACUAUAAUGUCUUCGCAAACAGCCCCAUGUCUAACCCAGAAACAUGGAAGAACCUCCACAAGUACAUCCACAGCUUCUCCUACCCCUCAGACCUUGAUGGCUGCGGUACCACAGUCUACUUCAUCCCCUGCACUGUGUCACUCAAUCGCGCACCUGCAGGGCCUAUGCCCCUUCCCAGAUAUUCCAUUCUGGAAUGGCCCCAAGCAUGCGAGAACCCCCACCACUACCCACCAGAGAGGAAGAGGGAGAGGACGAGGAAGGCGCACACACUCUUAAGUCACACACAUAUAUAG